UUAUACCCCAUCAUAUCCUCUGCUGACACAGGGUACAGGUAAUGUUCAUGGUGUUCAGACGACCCACCACCUUUCCCAGCAACAUUAAUCUUAUGGUGUCUGAUUAGAUGGCUGCAGGAGAUACUUUAAGACGACGUAGACAGUUCUUGACAAAAUGUGUACGGAGAAACCUACUUGUGAUACUGCUCAUAGCAUCAAUGCUAUUCGGAAUCGCUCUCGGUUGUGUAGUGAGAACAAUGUGGUCACCUUCAGAUACAAGGAACAUUUUCUACCUAAAGUUCCCAGGAGAAAUCAUGCUUAAUACACUAAAGAUGGUGUCUGUGCCUCUUGUCGUCUCCAGUAUCAUCUCGUCCCUAGCCUCGUUGUCGAUGAAGACUUCCGGAAGAAUCGGACUGAGGGCACUAGUAUACUACCUGGUCACCACGGUGAUUGCAGUCAUUACUGGCACAGUUGGUAUUGUGAUCAUCUCCAGCGGCAAGGAAACAAUAGAAGACACCUCGGAAAUCUCAAAAGGAACCAGUCAACUUGAUGCACUUUUGGAUAUGAUAAGAAACGCUUUUCCGGAUAACUUGGUGGAAGCAACACUUUCAAAGAAACAAUCCGUGCUGUCUUUACGAAAUGUGGAAAUUCCCAUUAAAAUCGCACCCUUCGAUUUUAACCAUACGAAUGCCAAUGUUACAAGAAAUGGGCCAAGAACAGUUAACUUCACAACUACCGACGUCAUCAAGGUUAUAUCUAUCCCGGGGACCAACAUGCUCGGACUAAUUGUAGCCUCUAUCUUUAUUGGAUGUGUACUCUCCAGUAUGGAAGACAAGGCCAAACCUCUUGUAGACUUCUUCCAGAGUUUGUAUCAGGCCAUGAUGCGGUUAAUUUUGAUAUUUGUUUGGUUUACCCCUGUUGGGCUACUGUUCCUGAUAGCUGCGGUUGUAGUGCAGAUAGAAAGGCCGAUGGAAGCCCUCCAGGAGUUUGCUGUCUUUAUACCUACAGUACUGGUUUGCUUCCUGUUACAUGGCUUUGUUACCAUUCCGACUAUGUAUUUCUUAGUGACAAGAAAAAAUCCGUUUGUAUUUAUGAAGAACAUGUCAAGGGCUCUUGUGACUGCUUUUGGAUCGUCCUCAAGCGCGGCUGCUCUCCCCUUCACAAUGGACUGUCUGAUAAGGAAGAACAGGAUUGACGAACGUGUUGUCAACUUCAUCGCCCCGAUAGGGGCAACGAUCAACAUGGACGGGACUGCACUGUAUAUACCGAUGCUGACAAUUUUUAUUUCCCAUCGACUUGGACUAACCCUGGAUGCUGCACGUUAUAUUAUUAUUGGAUUAUCAGCUAUUGGUGUGUCUGUUGGAGCAGCGGCUAUUCCUGGCUCAGGACUAAUGUAUAUGACAGUGGCAGCAAUGGCAGUCGGACUUCCUGUGGAGCAAGUCAUUCUAACUGCCCCAUUUGAAUGGAUUAUAGAACGAUUUAGGACAGCGAUCAACGUUUCUGGAGAUUCCUUUGGAGCUGGCAUCGUCAACCAUUUAAGUUAUUCCAUGUUGACUAGCGAAGAAGUAGAAUUGCAACAUACAUUAACAAGUAAAGAGGAGGCCGCCGAAAGCAACAGUUUAGUUUGAUAUUGAUAUUUUAAUAUUUUUUUGCACUAUUUACAGGGAAACAGGGUUUAUAAAAACUGUGUUCGUUUGCGGAUAUGCAUUUUUAUGUCUUGUUUAAUACAUUUUAUGCUCACCACUUAGCCCUGAUGAUCUUUUUGAUGUAAUGAUAAGCUUCAGAAUAUAAUAAGAAUAAUAUUAGCUAGCGAUAUUUGAAUACAUUAUGUAUGUAAAUACAUUGAAUAAAUAAGGUUUAAAUACUAGUU